UUAUUUCAUCGUCAAUGGAUGAGAUGGAAGCCACUGGAAAGCUUGUUGCAGCUAGACAGCUCUUGAAAACUGGCCUCGAAAGAUCGAGAGACAUCGAAUCUAAAUUGGCCAAUGCUGGACCAAGAUUGAGAGACAAGGCUCAAAGACUCGCAAGUUUGGAAGCUAAGCUUGUUAAGAUUCAGAAGUGUAACUCUUUUGGUGUUGGAGACCAGAUAGAUCAUGCCAUUGGACUUGCGACCGCGCUUCUUAAUGUUUUCAACACUGUUUCUGAACUUCAGAAGUCACUCACGGCAGAUUCUUGUUCUCAACUCUCCAGUUACCUUUCUGUUAUGAAACGGUUUGAAGAAGCACUUGAAUUUAUUUCUGAUAAUUGCAGCCUUACAACUCAGUGGUUGGAUGGAAUUGUUCGAUUUGUUGAAGACAACAGAAUAGUCGAUGAUCAACGUCUUCUCAAUGUCAAAAACUCGUUGGCAAUUCUUUGUGAGUUGCAGACAGUUGAGAACGAUGCUCGUAUUGAUGGAGGGCCUAUCGAUUUUGCAUUGAACAAGCUUGAAUUUGAGUUCAGGAGGUUAUUAAGAGACCAUAGUGUUCCUCUUCGUCUGGCUCCACCCUUAUUGGCCAGUGAAAACCAAGGCUUCAUUGGUUUCUCACUAUUGCCAGAAUUUGUAGUUCAAAAACUACAAUUAAUUCUAACUAGACUGAAAGCCAACGAUCGAAUUGAAAACUGUAUAUCGAUAUAUAUCGAAGUUCGAAGUUCAAAUGCUGAACUUAGUUUAAGAACUCUUGGUUUGGAUUAUCUUGAAACAUCGGUUGAUGACUUGAGCAACAUGCGGAGCAUUGAAGAUCAUAUCAACAAAUGGAGCAAGCAUCUUGAGCUUGCUGUGAAGCAAGUAUAUGAACCUGAAUGUAAACUCUGCAACGACAUAUUCGAGAAGAUCGAAUCUGAAGUCAGGACUAGAUAUUUCGCUAAGAUUGCAUCACAGUCGGGAUUUAUCUCCCUUCUCCGAUUUGGGAGGAAAGUCACCCAAACAAAGAAGGACCCCAUCAAGCUCUUAAACCUACUUGACGUUUUUUUGGUUCUAGACAACUUAAGGACAGACAUUAACAAGUUGUUUGGUGGGAAAGCUUGCACAGAGAUUCAAGCUGCAACAAGGGAUCUCGUAAAACGAGUUGUAAACGGCAUAUGUGAGGUUUUCUCUGAACUUCCAAUACAAGUUGAGUUGCAAAGACAGAGUUGUCCUCCAGCAGACGGUGGCAUUCCAAGCUUGGUAAGCUUUGUCACAGAUUACUGCAACAAGCUACUUGGGAACCAUUACAAACCAAUCCUAAACCAGAUUUUAAUCAUCCAUCAAAGCUGGGGGCAAGAGACAUGUGAAGAAAACCUUCUAGAGAAUCAAAUUUAUCUAAUCAUAAAAGAACUUGCUUUAAAUCUAGAUGCAUGGGCAAAAGCCUACCAAGAUAUGUCAAAGUCCUACUACUUCAUGAUGAACAACCACUGCCAUUUUAGCAAUCUAAAAGGCUCAAAACUGGGUGAAAUGAUGGGAGAUGAAUGGUUAAACGCACACAACCAAUACAAGGAAUAUUAUGCAGUACUUUACCUGAAAGAAAGCUGGGGAGAGCUUCUCAGCCUUCUAAAUCAAAAGGGUGAGCUUCAAUUUGAAGGCGAAAAAUGGGAGGAUACCGAUCUGUUGAAGAAGAGGGUAAAAAAGUUCUCUCAGGCAUUUGAACAAACAUGUAGAAGGCAAUCGAAAUGGGUAAUUUCAGAUGAGGGUUUGAGAGAGAGAAUUUGCCUACUUUUAGUGCAGACGAUUGUGCCAGUUUAUCUGAAGAAUUUCGAAGCUUUGAUCGAACAAGAUCGAGGCGCAGCUAAGUAUUUGAAAUAUACUGCAGAGAGUAUGGGGAGUGUGAUCAGCUCCAUGUUUCGGCCCCCAACGUUGAGUGUGCAAAUCAGAAGCAACGGUCACACCCAUUCUCGCUUCAUUACCAAAAUCAAGAGCCUUGUCACUAAUCAGUUUCGCGCGUCCGUUACUGCUUCGUGA